AUGGAUAUAGCGCCCCUCCUGGACAAAAAAUCACCAGCCUCCACUGGUGUGGAGGACGCCUUCAUUCAGCUGCACAAGAUGUUCAAAACAGGCCAGAUUAAUGGUGACCUGCUCAUCUACCAUGUUCUCCUCACCCUUAAACCUUACUACGCUAAGCCCUAUGAGAUAGUUGUUGACCUAACUCAUGUUGGGCCCAGCAAUCGCUUCAAGACUGACUUCCUGUCCAAGUGGUUUGUGGUGUUUCCUGGCUUUGCUUAUGAGAACGUGGCAGCAGUUUAUGUCUACAACUGCAACACAUGGGUGAGGGAGUACACCAAGUAUCACGAGAGGCUGCUGACGGGACUGAAAGGAAGCAAACGGCUCCAGUUUAUCGACUCUCCCUCUAAACUGGCUGAGCACAUCGAACCUGACCAACACAAACUCCCUGCAGCUACUUUGGCUUUGGAAGAAGACCUUAAAGUGUUUCACAACGCCCUGAAGCUGGCCCACAAAGAUACUAAAGUUUCAAUAAAGGUGGGAUCUACAGCGGUUCAGGUGACCUCAGCCGAGCGGACCCGUGUACUUGGACAGCCGGUCUUUCUGAAUGAUGUGUACUAUGCCUCAGAGAUUGAGGAGAUUUGUCUGGUGGAUGAAAGUCAAUUCACCCUCACCAUGGCCAACCAGGGCACUCCUCUCACCUUCAUGCACCAGGAGUGUGAUGCCAUCGUCCAGUCAAUAAUUCAUAUUCGAACACGCUGGGAGUUAUCUCAGCCUGACUCCAUCCCACAGCACACUAAAAUUCGUCCUAAAGAUGUCCCAGGGACCCUCCUGAACAUCGCUCUGCUUAAUCUGGGCAGUUCUGACCCCAGCCUCAGGUCUGCAGCUUACAACCUGCUGUGUGCUUUGACGUGCACUUUUAACCUAAAGAUUGAGGGCCAGCUGCUGGAGACAUCAGGUCUCUGCAUCCCAGCCAACAACACCCUCUUCAUCGUCUCCAUCAGCAAAACUCUGGCAGCUAACGAGCCACACCUGACUUUGGAGUUCUUGGAGGAGUGCAUAUCAGGCUUCAGCAAAUCCAUGUGGGUCUCCCAUUCUUCUCUGUGGCAGGUCAUCGGUAGGAUGUGUAAGAUUAUAGACAAAACGUGCUUGUCUCCAACGCCCACGCUGGAGCAGCACCUCAUGUGGGACGACAUCGCCAUCCUGGCCCGCUACAUGCUCAUGCUGUCAUUCAACAACUCUCUGGAUGUGGCUGCUCACCUGCCGUACCUCUUUCAUGUGGUCACCCUACUAGUAGCUACUGGGCCUCUGUCUCUGAGAGCUUCUACCCACGGGUUGGUUAUCAACAUCAUCCACUCCCUGUGCACCUGCUCCCAGCUCAACUUCAGCGAGGAGACAAAGCAAGUUCUAAGGCUGAGCCUGACUGAGUUCUCACUGCCCAAGUUCUACCUUCUGUUUGGUAUCAGCAAAGUCAAGUCAGCCGCCGUUAUCGCCUUCCGCUCCAGCUACAGAGACCGCUCCUUCUCACCUGGCUCGUAUGAGAGGGAGACCUUCGCCCUUUCCUCCCUGGAGACUGUAACCGAGGCCUUACUGGAGAUCAUGGAGGCCUGUAUGCGAGACAUCCCAACCUGCAAGUGGCUGGAUCAGUGGACGGAGCUCGCUCAAAAAUUUGCGUUCCAGUACAACCCAUCUCUGCAGCCCAGAGCUCUAGUGGUGUUUGGCUGCAUCAGCAAGAGAGUGAGCCAUGGUCAGAUCAAGCAAAUCAUCCGUAUCCUCAGCAAGGGUCUGGAGAGCUGUUUGAAAGGACCAGACAAUUACAACAGUCAAGUUUUAAUAGAAGCCACAGUGAUUGCUCUGACCAAGCUACAGCCUCUUCUCAGCAAG